GUUGUGUGGCAUUGCAAACAUGGGGUUGCAAGGAAGCAAUAGAGUUGAUUGAUAAAGGCAUUCCAGGUCGUUAUCAUGACGUUUCAACACAUGCCGGGCCUCAGAGCUUCGAGCAAGGAGGACAGAGAGAUGAAGACGAGAUGGAAUUGGACGACGAAGCUGAAGUCUCUCCAGGCAACUCACUCUAUGACACCGCAGACGGAUUGAUAAAGCUCUGGCAAGGGACUGAUUUACGACAAGGACCAGGAGGGCAGUGUCGGAACUUUACGUGCCCGCCAGAGGUCCAUGAGAGGGUGUCGAACUGGCUGAUGGCGCAAUGA